CAUAUUCAGUCGUUGGUUAAUUGUUCGGAGGGAAGGUGUAGCGCAUAUCAUAGUCGUUAAAUAGCGACAAGUGCGGAAAAUAAACAUGUCUAAUAGGAGGCAAAAUUUUAAAAAUCCCUUUUCGAGGCCAUGGAUGACUGAAACUGGUGCGGCAGCAGCAGCCGCAGGUCCAGGGUCAGUCGGACUGAAAGGAGUUGUUGCCGGCGGUAUUACUGGUGGCAUUGAAAUUUGUAUUACAUUCCCCACCGAAUAUGUGAAAACACAACUCCAAUUAGACGAAAAAGGUGGUACAAAGAAAUAUACAGGUAUCGUUGACUGCGUUCAGAAGACCGUCAAAGGCCAUGGCUUCCUCGGUCUGUACAGAGGACUCAGUGUCCUUUUAUACGGCUCAAUACCCAAAUCAGCAGUACGAUUCGGAGUAUUCGAGCAAGCAAAACUUUACAUGGUAACAGAGAAUGGUACGUUAUCAACGACUGGCAAACUGGCGUGCGGUUUGGCUGCUGGUGUGGCUGAAGCGAUCUUCGCUGUCACACCUAUGGAAACUGUUAAAGUGAAGUUCAUCAAUGACAUGAGAAUGGAGAAGCCCAGGUUUAAAGGGUUCUUCCAUGGUGUUAGAACUAUCGUUAGGGAAGAAGGUAUCGGUGGUGUUUACAAGGGCGUUACAGCCACUAUUAUGAAGCAGGGCAGCAAUCAAGCUAUCAGAUUCUUCGUAAUGGAAUCUCUCAGAGACUGGUACAAGGGCGGGGACAGAGACAAACCAGUUCCAAAAUACAUCGUUGGUUUAUUCGGUGGUGUUGCAGGUGCAGCAUCCGUCUUCGGUAACACUCCAAUUGAUGUAGUCAAAACUCGAAUGCAAGGUCUCGAAGCUAAGAAAUACAAGAGCACGUGGGAUUGCUUUAUAAAGACCUGGAAACACGAGGGUCCACUCGCUUUCUACAAAGGUACCGUGCCACGUCUCAGUAGAGUAGUGUUCGAUGUCGCGAUCACGUUCACUAUAUACGACAGUAUCAUGGACGUAUUCAAUUAUGUAUGGAAGUAGUGUAAACGGG